GGUUCCGGCGGUCAGAGGUUGUGAAGAUGGCGGAACCCCAUCCGCUGUGCUGAGUAGCUCUCCAUGUUUCUCCGGUGUUGGUGGGGGGAGGUCGGUCUUCAGGUCCGGCUGCGCCCUGGAGCCUCGGCCUGGAUCAGCAACGGGGCCCCGAGCCAUGUUCGGGACCGAGUCGGGAAGGAGAGGCGGCAGCGGCGUCGGGUGGAGGAGAUCGAGGCCCGGAGUGGGAGCGGGGAGGGCCGGGCAGAGCAGCCCUGGUUGGAGCCCGAGGUGAUCACUUACUCCGUGCCAACACCGCCCGGAGAGAAAAAAGAUACCUCAGUGCCGCUGCCAGACUCGUACAGUCCCCAGUAUGUGGAGGCUGCCUGGUAUCCCUGGUGGGAGCGGCAAGGCUUCUUCAAACCCGAGUAUCAUGAACGCUUGCCUCAUCGUGAGGACUCAACCUUUUCCCUGUGUAUUCCUCCACCCAAUGUGACUGGCUCCCUCCACCUGGGUCAUGCUCUAACUGUUGCAAUCCAGGAUGCUGUGGUUCGAUGGCGAAGGAUGCAGGGCUGGAAGGUCCUCUGGGUUCCUGGCUGUGACCAUGCGGGAAUCGCCACUCAGGUGGUUGUGGAGAAGCAGCUGUGGAGGGAGCAAGGACUCAGGCGACAGGACCUGACUCGAGCCGCAUUCCUGAAGGAGGUGUGGCGGUGGAAGGAAGAGAAAGGGGGUGAGAUCUACCAUCAGCUCCGACGGUUGGGCUCUUCGCUGGACUGGGACCGGGCCCGUUUCACCAUGGAUGCGGGCUACUCUGAGGCUGUGACUGAGGCGUUCGUGCAGCUGCAUGAAGCCGGCCUGGUGUACCGCAGCCAGAGGCUGGUGAACUGGUCGUGUGCCCUGAACUCCGCCAUCUCCGACAUCGAGGUGGAGAGCCGGGAACUGAGUGGCCGCAGCUACAUCUCCAUCCCCGGCUACCAGGACAAGGUGGCUUUUGGCGAGCUGGUGCACUUCGCAUACCUGACGGAAGAUUCCGGUGAGGAGGUUGUCGUGGCAACAACGCGGCCCGAAACCAUGCUGGGUGACGUGGCAGUGGUGGUCCAUCCAGGCGAUGGCCGGUAUACGCAUCUCGUCGGGAAGCAGCUCCGUCAUCCCUUCACAGGCCGUCUGCUGCCUGUUCUCGCCGAUACGCUGGUCGACCGUGAGUUCGGCACAGGUGCUGUGAAGGUGACUCCUGCUCAUGACUAUACCGACUACGAGCUCAGCCUGAAACACCAGCUCCCUCUCAUCUCCAUCUUUAAUGAGAAUGGAACCAUGGCAACCGAGAGUGGAGAUUGGCUGGAGGGUGUGAAGCGGUUUGAUGCCCGUGAGAGGGUGUUGGCUGCUCUGUCAGAGCGAGGCCUGUAUCGUGGUUUGAAGGAGCAUCCCAUGGUGUUACGCUUGUGCAGCCGAUCUGGUGAUGUGGUCGAACCACUCCUGAAGAGCCAGUGGUACGUUCAGUGUCGGGAACUUGCGGAGGAAGCGAUGGCGGCCCUGGAUCGGGGGCAGCUAAGCUUCACACCUCCCUCCCUCCAGAAGACCUGGCAUAGCUGGCUUGCCAACAUCAGUGAUUGGUGCAUAUCUCGACAGCUCUGGUGGGGCCAUCGGAUUCCAGCCUAUCGUGUCACCUUCCCUGGCUCACGUGACCUGGAGGGAGAGACGGAGGAGCUCUGGGUAAUCGGCCGGAAUCAGGAGGAGGCUCGCAGGAACGCAGCAAAGCAGCAUGGGAUAGAGGAGAGCGAGAUUGCACUGACACAAGAUGAGGAUGUCUUGGAUACGUGGUUUUCCUCUGCUCUAUUCCCGUUCGCGGCUAUGGGCUGGCCACGAGAGAGGGCGGAUUUGAGGAACUUCUACCCAAACUCGCUGCUGGAGACAGGAAGUGACCUCAUCUUUUUUUGGGUGGCGAGGAUGGUCAUGUUGGGCCAGCAACUGAUGGGGGAGCUGCCUUUCCGACAGGUUCUCUUUCACUCCAUGGUGCGUGACUCUCACGGGCGAAAGAUGAGCAAGUCGCUGGGUAACGUCAUUGACCCCUUGGAUGUGAUCAACGGGAUCUCAAUGCUGCGUCUUCACAAGAAGCUACAGGAGGGGAACCUGGAUCCUCGAGAAAGCCGCAUUGCCCAGGAGGGACAGAAACGGGAUUUUCCACGCGGGAUCCCGGAAUGUGGUACAGAUGCUCUCCGCUUUUCCCUGUCUUCAUACAAGUGUCAGGGAGAGGACAUUAAUUUGGAUAUUGCAACGUUCCUGAGUUCCCGCCGAUUUUGUAACAAGAUCUGGAACACCAUGAAGUUUACGUUUUCCGCUUUGCCUGAGAAUUUCCAGCCUUGGCCAACAGAUAUGGUCCAUCCAGCAGCUGCCAUUGAUCGCUGGAUCCUCAGCCGGCUCCUCCACACCAUCGCAGCCUGUGACCAGGGCUUCCAGGAAUACAACCUCCAAGCAGUGACCUCCGCCAUACACCGAUUCUGGCUCCAUGACCUGUGUGACGUUUACCUGGAGUGUGUGAAGCCAGUGCUGCGGAGUGGGGAGCGGUCACCGCUUGAGAGUGUGCAGCAGAUUCUGUACCUAAGCACCGAGCGGGCUCUGUGCCUGCUCUCACCGUUCAUGCCCUAUCUAACCGAGGAACUCUGGCAGCGGUUACCGAGUCAUCACCAACACCGCCAGCCCAGUAUCUGUGUCACCCGGUAUCCAUCUGUCAGUGAGUUGCCGGACUGGCAUUAUCCUCAGGAAGAGUCGGACUUCCUGUUUGUGCAGGAAGUGGUCCGUGUGGUGCGAGCAGUGCGUGCCGAUUAUCAGCUGACCAAAGCGCGACCGGAACUGUACAUCUCCUGCGAUGAGGAUGUGGGAGGCAGGCUGGGACCUUUCCUCGGCCCCCUCCAGACGCUGUCUCGCUCGGGCUCCGUGGAGUUGCUGACCCCUGGAGGGGAUGCGCCUGUGGGCUGCACGAUUGCAGUUGUCAACCAGCACUGUCAGGUUCACCUGCUCCUGAAGGGCCUCAUCGAUCCACAGAAGGAGUUGGAGAAACUAUCGGCGAGGCAGCAGCGGAUUGGGGCACAGCUCUCCACUGCCAUCAGCAGGACCCAGAUACCCGGCUAUGAAGAGAAGGUUCCAGAAAGAAUCCGAGAGGAGAAUGCCCAGAAGGUCUGCUCUCUGCAGGCAGAGCUGGAACGAGUGACGCAGGCCAUCCGCGGCUUCGAGAAGCCCCCAGACAAACCGCGGUGACAGGGGCCUGAGGAAACGCCACCCGGCGGUGCGAGCGAUGCGGAGAGCCGGGUUUCAAACCAGGAGACGCCAACGAUUGCCACCCCCCUCGUCUGCUGGAGGGCCCUGUCAGUGAGGACUGUCUCGGUCGAGCAACAACCACCGCAACUGAGUGACAGACCCGGGGAGGGAGCAACUCCAAACCCAGGCUGCAGCCUGCGUCUCUGGGCCGAGGCUGUGCCAUUGAAGACUGGGGCUGAAACGCUUAUGAUGCAGGACCUGGUGUGUGUGUGCCCGGGGAUGGAGGGUGCAUCGACAUCUCAGGACUAGAUUGGGCAAGUGCUCGCCUUCCAGGAACUAUGAACCUGCCUGUAAAUAAAGCCUCUGUGCAUGGAGCCUGGA